AUGUCAAGAAGCGAAAAUGAGACUAACACCAGUCAUUGUACGGAGUUCUGUAAUGCUCUUCGCAGCAUCGGUUCUUCCGACGGCAAGAUACCGUCUCACGACGAAUUGAAAAGUACUCUUGGUAUCUAUGGCGACGGCUACUUGCUAGGGACGCUUGACGAGAUCCAACAGAGAAAAAGCUGCCCUCUCUGUCAGACAAUUCUGGAAGCAUUGAACGAGGCAGUUGUUGCCUCUCGCGCUAAAGAAUUAGGACCUGAGACCUCCCAAGCUGAGCGAGUCCGGAUCACCAUUCGCCCAGGAGAACACUGCCUUCGGCUUUCACAUCCCUUGCUAUGCGGAACAAGAGUUUUGUUUGUUGAGAAUGGCAUCGAGAAGAUUAACUCAGAACAGGGUCCUUAUGUCGCGAGAGUGGUCGAAGAAGAACAGGUUUCAACAUCGCUUGUUCGUUCAUGGCUGCGGCAAUGUGAGGAGAAGCACGGAGACUCUUGCUUCCACCUUCCUCCGUCCCUGAGAGACAUCGAGUUCACGCCGAUCCCAAGCAAUGUGAUGCCCACCGAAGUAAAGGACAUAGAGCACAAGACGCUAUCAAUAAAUGAGGAGAAAACAUCCAACUUUCGACUGCUGGACCUUGAAACCAAGUGCGUCAGGUAUAUGCCACUUGGUACCCGAUACGUGACGUUGAGUUACGUCCGAGAUCAAGCGCCCGUCUUCGAGCUCCUCCAAUGCAAUCUCGACUUUCUCCAGACACCCGGCGCCUUGGAUGAAAUUGGCUCAGAGCUUCCGCAGACAAUAGCCGAUGCCAUGGAGCUUGUGCGAUCGCUGGGCGAAAGGUACCUGUGGGUAGACGCGCUCUGCCUCAUUCAGGACCACCCACGGGACAUGAAAGGUGGGAUCGAAAUAAUGAACUCGAUUCUUCGAGGUUCACAUUUUGCGAUUGCGGUUGCAUCAGGAACAGGUGUGCAAUCGGGCAUACCGGGAGUCAGGCCUGGCUCAAGGCAACCCUCCCAGCACAUUGCUCAGCUUAAUUCGAAGAUGAAGAUCGCCGCCACCAACAGCAUGUACUGGUAUCUCCAAAACAGCGCAUACAGUCACCAGGGAUGGAGACUGCAGGAGCUCGCUCUUCCUCGGCGAACCCUCAUCUUCGUCAACAACCAGGUGUAUUUCCGAUGUACGCAAGCCAACUGGUGCGAGGAGACUGCCGCCGAUCUUCAAGAGAAAUGGAUAGACCCGGACGAUGACUGUAUCUUGCGAGUCGCGAGCCCUGGAGCUGGUAAUCUGGCUGCGUGGGAUGUCUAUCAAAAGUUGUGUGAAGAUUACUCGGGCCGUACACUUGAACACGACGGUGACGCUCUUCGGGCGCUCUCUGGCAUUCUACGCCAGCUCGGGGGUGAAUUGACGUCCUGGUAUGCGGACGGACUUCCUGCAAACUAUCUCAACUCAGCUCUUCUCUUUCUAUCCACGGACGGUAAAUUGCGACGCCGACCUGGGUUUGCGAGUUACUCCUGGGCAGGCUGGUCGGGCCCGAUAACCUGGGCGCCCGAAACUCGUCAAGGGCCAGACCAUGACAGCCAGGCAGCCGAAAGACUUUUCCACUGGAUUCAAAAAAGAACUUUCAUCCAGUGGCAUGUUUGGGCGAGAAAGGGAUCUGUAAACGAGGUCGAUAACAUCGAUCAAUAUAACGAGCCGAGCCGAAUUGAACGAUUCACCGACCGAUACGCACACGCACUCACCAACGAGACCAUGGAAUUACUCAAACAGUCGCGAUAUCUCCAGGAUUCUUUUCUUUUGGCCAAAUACUCAGCUUGGUCACUGGCAUUUCCUCUCCCAUGCUUCACCCAAGGCAAGCGAUACGGUCAAGAGAUUGGAGGCGGCGGCAUCUACUCGGACGAUGUGAUCAACAGCCAAGCUGAGGUCGACUGGCGGGCCUACCACAUCAAGCACGAUAUUGUUUGGCUGAUCUUGGUCUCGUGGGUCACCUAUCGCGCAUCCAAAGCACGGAACUGCAAAGCACGAGAGCUCUCUGGACCUACGACUGUGAGGCGUGAGGGAGACGAGCUGGAUUACGAGUUUCGAGAUACGCCUGCUUCGGAGGUACGGGAGAUUGUUGCCGAUGACGAUGACGAACCUUUUGAUGCCCGAGUUCGCGAUGCGAAGAGGGCGAUUGAGUCGAUCCGGGUAGAGCACAAAGGGCCUGUCCCUAACCUUCCAACGCUUCCCAUAUAUCCUGUUAUCCUGUUCAAGGCCUUAUCCAUCCGCCUCAUCACCGGCCCUCCGCCUGCUCUGGAGCCGAAGCAGGAUGUCUCAUCGAAGGCGCUGCCUCGUCAUAAACGUCCGCUACAGUGGGUAAAAGGAUCACCUCUCUUUGCCUCAGAUGGCAAGCUUGUGGGCUCCCUACAUGUAGAUAACAUCGCUUCGCACACGGCCGGCGUCGAGGUGGAGUGUCUCAUCAUCGCAUACUCCAAAGAACCCAUAGCAGGCUCGGCUCUCCCUAAGUCACAAGUGCCAGUAGGCGAUGAUGAUGAUUGGAAUGUCUUCUGGGUCAUGCAAGUAGUGGAGAAGGAUGGCAUCUAUGAACGGCGAGGGGUUGGCCAAGUAUUGGAUUCGGUGCUCACCAAAUCCUGCGUCCGAUCGGAGGGCAAGGUGAUACUUCUUGGUUAG